AUGAGCAGCUACAGUUGCCCCGAACACUCAGUUUGCGUCAAUUUACCCGGAACAUACUUCUGUAACUGUACAGAAGGAUUCGCUCCUAAGGGCCUUCCAUUAGAAAAAUGUGCUGAUAUCAACGAAUGCGAAAUGAAUCUUCACAAUUGUGGAGCAAGUCAGAUGUGCCAGAAUACGAUCGGUGGAUUUAAAUGUGUGGAUCGUUGUUCGGAUGGUUACAAAUACGUAGAUGGUGAAUGCGUGGAUAUCGACGAAUGCCGUCAAGAAGGUGUAUGUGAUCGUCGAGCAGAAUGUGUAAAUACACCAGGAGGAUAUGAAUGCAAGUGUGAUGCUGGAUUAACUGGAGAUGGAAAACAUUGCACG